CAAUUGUAACUUUCUAAAAAAAAAUUUAUAUUUAUUUUGCAGCAAGAGUUCACUUGGGAAUCAGGGAUUACCGAACAAGUGAAAAUUGUUUUCCGCCGCAAAGCAGCUUCGCACUACACCAAGCGGAUCAAUGAGUGGAAGCAAAAAUUCGAUGUUGGUGAGGUCCCGAAGCACAUCAACCCAGACGUUUGGCGGGAUUUGUGUGCUCAUUGGACGAAAGAUGAGACAAAGUCUUUGUAGACAAUCAACUCGCAAAAUCGGUGUAGCGGGCGUGGCAGGAAAGGGAAGUUUGUCCACAACUUAGGGGCAACAAGUUUACAGACCCGAGCACUUCAGCUAAUGAAGGAAAACGGUGGAGUUCCCGUAGAUGAUUUUACCCUGAUGAAGAACGCCUAUACCAACAAGAAGACUGGGGAGAUUCAGGAUGGACUUAUUAAGGGCGUAAUCCAGGUCGUGGAAAAUCGAAAAGUGGAUCUCCUCGCGACUCAAGCUUCUAUGUGUGAAGAAGGCGAUUCUGCAUCUUCCAACUCCUUAACCGUAGAGCAACUCAACAACCUUGUUCUCGAGGCUGUUCCAAAGAAAAAGGGCCGUUAUGUUGGAUUGGCUCGUUCGACCGGAGGGGCUUCUUCUUCUUCUUCAGCUCACUAUCCACUCGUUGAUGAGCUUAUCGAGAAGAUUAAGACCAAGGAUACGGAGAUUGAGUUCCUGAAGCAGGACAAUGCUGAAAUCCGGGUUGAGCUGCAGCAAAACCGAACGACUAUGGAGGAAAACAAUGUUCUCACCCAGACCUUGUUGCAGAAGUUUAGGACCCGAUUCGGUGAAGACUUUUAG